AACGUCAACUUUCUUCAUUGCUUUCUCGACUUCUCGACGUAAAUCGUUGAUUGUUUUGACCUUAUGAUAUUCCACAUUACUUGAGAUGUUAUCCCAGAUGGAAUAAUCAAGUGGAUUAAGUUCAGGUGAGUUCGGUGGCCAUUUUUCUUUUGGAAUAAAGAAUUUGAAGUUAUUUUUGCACCAUUUUUGAGCUUUAUUAUCUUUAUGGAAGCUAGCCCCAUCCUGUUGGAAGCCCCAAUUUUUGUGUCCGAAUAGCCGGUCACCUUCUUCUUUGUAAAAUGGUAAUAAUUCAUCACGAUAAGUUUGACCAUUGAGGCGUUCACCUUUUAAAAAAAAGUAUGGACGUGUAAAGGUCCAUACCAUGUUACACCAACUGCUACCAUAACACACACUGGAUAUUUUUGAAUUGAAUGAAGUCCACCACGUUCAUUAGCAUCAGACCGAUCAUCGGCCCAUAUAACAUCAUUUUUUGGAUUGAAAUAACCAAUCUUGGUGAAAAUUUUUUCAUAAGUAAACAUCAUUCUUUCUAAUUUAUUACGAUUGAUGUUCUUUCUAAUCCACUGACAACAUGUUUUCUUAUUGGUUUUUGAUCGUCUUUUAAGUGUUGGACUGUAGUUUUUCGAUAACAUUUUUUAUUUAGAUCAAUAUUCGUAUUCGCUUGAUCGUUGGAUAAGAAGUUUGAAAAUCUUUGGCCAUCGUUCGUAAACUUUUUUGAGAAAUGUUGGAAUCAAGUCUUUUUUUCACAAGAUAAAUACGUCUUUUUGUACGGCCAGUUCUUGGUCUUCCUGGAUUCGUUUAACAUAAAUUGAACCGAUUGUUUGUACCGAUGCAACCAACGAUCAGUUGUACUUCGAUGAACUUUAUUUGCCAACAAAUUUGCAAUUUCUGAAGCUUUUUUCCCAUCUUUAUAAUGGGAAAUAACGAUAUCUCGGAUAUCGUGACUUUUAGCCAUGGCAAAACCAACGGAAGAAUAAUUAAAAAAGUACACGCUAUUGCCUUAGUAGGGGGCGCUAGUAUCUACUUCAACUAUAUCAAAUAAACCAAUUAUCUUAAUACGCGGAUAGGAAAGAAAGAUUUUUCUGAAAUGUCGCAAUAUUUUUGUAACACCCGGUACUAUUAAAUCUCCUAUUAAGUAUGCCUUUGUAUAAUUUCUAUUUAAGAUUAUGCGGAGCAUAAAUAGUUUCAAAUGUUCAUAUCUACACCAUCGAUGUUGAUACACCUGAUUUGAUAAUUGUUCAUGAUACUAUUUAUAUUGGCUCUGAAAUAAUGUUAAAUAAUUUUAGUUAUUAAAUUGUGUUAUUUCUACCGUAGUGUUCUACAUCAGAGUGUACAUUUAAAACAAAAUGUUUUAAUUAAAUCAAUGUCAAGUGUUACCGGCACAGUUGAAAUGAGUACAAUUAUUAUUGGCAAUCCAAAGCAACAACAGGAUGAUGAUGCGUCUCAAUUAUUACAAGAUAAAUUGAAUUUAAGGUUUUCAAAACCAAAUGCAGUCUGA